UCAUCUAUUCUCCAAAAGCAAUGGCAGAAAAUGCUCCUAAUUUACCCAAUUUUCUUCUCUCCGUUAGACUCAAAUAUGCAAAACUUGGAUACCAUUACUUAAUUUCAAAUGCAAUUUAUCUCCUCAUUGUGCCAAUUCUUGUUGCCAUGCUACUUCAUCUUUCAACUCUUACUAUUGAAGACCUCAUGAACCAUUUUGCCAUGUUGAAAUCUUGCUCAACUCUUGUUGUUUUCUUCGCCACGGUAUACUUCAUGAGUCGUCCCAGAAACGUUUACUUAGUCGAUUUUUCGUGUUACAAGCCACAUGAACGUUUUAUGAUGUCUAAACAACUUAUGAUAGAAAAUAUGUCAAACAUAUUUGAUGAAGAGAGUUUAAUGUUUCAAAAGAAAAUUUUGGAGAGGUCAGGUUUAGGUGAUAAGACGUACAUUCCGAUAGAUACAAUUCCGUUUAAAUAUACGUUUAGUAGUUACCUAAAUGAAGCAGAGGAGGAAAUAUGUGGUGCCAUAGAUGAUCUGUUGGCGAAAACGAGAGUGAAGAUUGGAGAUAUUGGGAUUAUUAUUGUGAAUUCUAGUGCGUUUAAUCCAUCGCCUUCUCUUUCUUCCAUGAUUGUGAACCAUUAUAAGCUUGGAGUCAAUGUGAUAACUUAUAACCUUGGUGGCAUGGGCUGCAGUGCUGGACUCAUUUCUGUCGACCUAGCUAACCGGCUUUUACAGGGGCAAGCUAAUACGUAUGCACUUAUAGUAAGCGCAGAAAUAGUCUCAAGUGCCUUCUAUAUAGGGAAGCAGAGAUCAAGGCUUUUACCAAAUUGUCUUUUCCGGAUGGGUUCAUCUGCUAUUCUUCUUUCAAACCGUUCCUCUGAUCGUCCACGCUCCAAAUAUCAACUGAUGCACGUUGUCCGCACCCAUAAAGGUGCGGAUGACAGAGCUUAUAGAUGUGCCUAUAUAGAUGAGGAUGAAAAUGGAAAGAGAAGCGUGUUGUUGUCAAAAGACUUGAUGGCAGUUGCUGGUGAGGCUUUAAAAACUAAUAUCACAACUCUCGGCCCUUUAGUCCUCCCAAUGUCCGAGCAGCUACUCUUUUUCGCCUCAUUAAUCGCGAGAAAGGUCUUUGAGAGGAAAAUGAAACCAUAUAUCCCUGAUUUCAAAAUGGCGUUUGAGCAUUUCUGUAUACAUGCAGGGGGGAGAGCUGUGCUGGAUGAGCUUCAGAAGAAUCUUGACCUCCCGGAAUUUCUUAUGGAGCCUUCAAGAAUGACUCUUUAUAGAUUUGGAAACACUUCAAGUAGCUCAAUUUGGUACAAUUUGGCCUAUUCCGAGGCAAAAGGGAGGAUAAAGAAGGGUGACAGAGUAUGGCAAAUUGGUUUUGGAUCAGGCUUCAAAUGUAACAGUGUAGUGUGGCGUGCGCUGAGGGCUGUCGAUGCAGCCAAACAAAAGAACCCUUGGACAGAUGAGAUUCAGGAUUUCCCUGUUCAUCGAUCCCAUCUUGAUGCUUAA